AGCACGCUUAUUCGAAAAAUCACACAUCAAACCAUUUUGUUGAAUAAUGGGCUAUUUUCGUCCCAGAUUUAAAAGUGCCACACGAUAAGUCAUAUACCUCAGACCACUAGAUCCUCCCAAAUUCUCCCCAACCCGCGCAAAUUUUGAAUCCCCACUCACCCCCUUCUUACCACUUCUACAAAUUCCAAAAUUCAUUGAGAAACUGGAGACAAAGAGAGAGAGAGAUUCUGAUUGAUGAAGAGAGAAACCCUAAGGAGGAGUAGUAGGAACAGUAAUAACAAGAAUUUGAAAAAGAAUUGCGGCAUAAUGAUGAAGGGUUCAUUAGCUAAUCACUUUACGGUUCAGCUAGAUCAAGUUUCUCUCAAUUUAUCUCUUCAACAGAAAUCCUCUCAAUUUCAGAAUCGUCUUGAUUCCGAAGCUAAUCCCUCAGCUGCUGAGUCUCUGUCACAGGAUAUAGAUGCCGGUGACAAAGAUUUCAUCCUCAGUCAAGAUUUCUUCUGCACUCCUGAUUAUAUUACUCCUGAAAUGCCGGCUAUGCCAAUCAAUGUAGACUGGAAU